AUGGCGUCAUCGUCCAGCAGUGGCCUAACAUUCAAGCUCCAUCCUCUCGUCAUAUUAAACAUCUCCGAUCACUACACACGGAUCAAGGCCCAAUCCCAGCCACCUCCCACCACCUCCGCCGCCAACGACGCUGUUUCCCCUCCGCCUCCACCGCGAGUUUUUGGCUGCGUUAUUGGCGUUCAGCGGGGCCGCACUGUCGAGAUUUUCAACAGCUUCGAGCUCCUCUAUGACCCGUCCACCCACACCCUCGACCGCGCUUUCCUUGAGAAGAAACAAGAGCUCUAUAAGAAGGUAUUUCCACAUUUUUAUGUGCUGGGAUGGUACUCGACAGGGAGUGAUGCGCAAGAAUCUGAUAUGCACAUUCACAAAGCUCUGAUGGAUAUUAAUGAGAGUCCUGUAUAUGUUCUUCUCAAUCCUUCUAUCAAUCAUGCACAGAAAGAUCUGCCAAUUACUAUUUAUGAAAGUGAGUUGCACGUUAUUGAUGGCAUCCCACAGCUUAUCUUUGUUCAAUCAAGCUACAUAAUAGAGACGGUUGAAGCUGAACGAAUCUCAGUUGAUCAUGUUGCUCAUCUUAAACCGUCUGAUGGUGGUUCAGCUGCAACUCAACUGGCUGCUCACCUUACUGGCAUACAUAGUGCCAUCAAGAUGCUGAAUAGCAGAAUCAGAGUACUUCAUCACUAUCUUCUUGCAAUGCAGAAAGGUGAUCUUCCUUGCCAAAAUUCCUUGCUAAGGCAAGUAUCUAGUCUCUUAAGAAGAUUGCCUGCCAUUGAGUCAGAAAAAUUUCAAGAUGAUUUCUUGAUGGAAUAUAAUGACACGUUGUUGAUUACUUACCUUGCCAUGUUCACCAAUUGCUCGAGCACAAUGAAUGAGAUGGUCGAUAAGUUCAACACUGCUUAUGACAGGCAUAGUAGGAGAGGUGGACGGUCGGCUUUCAUCUGA